UCUCUCUUCCACCAUCUCUCUUCCACCACAAGACAUCCUCACGCGUAAAAGCAACCUGAUACCUCCACUAUCCAUCGACAACAAUGCUCUCCGAGGACUUCCGUCUACACCUCUGGGAAGCCAUCAUCCUUUGUGCCUGGAUAGUUGCAGCCAUUCUCGGGGCAAAGGCAUUCAUCUCCGAGGCAGUGUACACCGAACAUCUAGCCUACCGACGUCGUAACCACAAGAUAUAUCAAAGAACCUAUAUUCGCGCCGUUCGCACGAUUCGGGCACAGAAGAGAUACCCCUCCGACCCCCACAACCACGGUCACAUUCUGCGACGGUACCAAGCACUAAGCAAUCCUGCAUUGAAGCCAUUGCCUCACCUCAAGCAUACAUAUGCUGAAGAGAACGCGUCUUCUUCGGCUUCGGGAUAUUCUGAUCUCUUGGGAGCGAGAUACACCCACGCUCGUGGCCUGCAGGACAUUCGAACCGAUUCACAACUUUCCUUGUGGCGGCAUCGUUACGCACAAGCCCAUGGGCAGAACCUCUUUGAUACACCGAUAAGCUCCAGUUUGUGA